GGCUGAAUAGCGGCUCCGAGAAUACACCGAGAACCGGGGGAUACAGGCAGGGGAAGUGACGUCAGGGGCACGGGAUUAGGGUUGCCAUGGUGACGAGAGGAUACAGAACAAGGAAUCAUCAUGCUUGUUCCCAUAUUUACCUUGAAAUUAAACCACAAAAUCAAUCCACGUAUGGUGUCUGUAGGGAAGUAUGAUGGGAUACAUCCGUGUCUCACAGCUGCCACCCAAGCUGGAAAGAUUUUUAUCCAUAACCCCCACACCAGAGGCCAGCGGGCUUCUUCAAACCGCCUGGUGCAGAGCAGCCAAGACUCUGACAUCUCUCUAUUAAACAUUAAUCAGACAGUCAGCUGUCUAACAACUGGGGUGUUGGAUCCAAAGCUGGGCUGUGACUCGCUCAUCGUGGGAACACAAACCAACCUUCUAGCGUACGAUGUGCACAACAACUCUGACCUUUUCUAUAAAGAGAUUGUAGAUGGAGCCAAUGCUGUGGUGGUUGGGAAGCUGGGAGACGUUUCUUCCCCCCUCGCUCUCAUCGGAGGAAACUGUGCCUUGCAAGGGUUUGAUUGCAGUGGAAAUGACUUGUUUUGGACGGUUACUGGAGACAAUGUGCGAUCAUUGGCACUAUUUGACUUUGACGGGGACGCAAAGAAUGAGCUUCUUGUUGGAUCCGAAGAUUUUGACAUUAGAGUCUUUAAAGAAGAUGAAAUAGUUGCUGAGAUGAAUGAGAGUGAGACUAUUACAUCUCUGUGCCCAAUGAAUGGCAGUCGUUUUGGGUACACGUUAUCCAAUGGAACAGUUGGGGUCUAUGAUCGGGCGGUUCGAUCCUGGAGAAUGAAAUCUAAGAAUCUUGCCAUGAGUAUACAUGCCUUUGACCUCAACUCAGAUGGAGUCUGUGAGCUGGUCACUGGGUGGUCCAAUGGAAAGAUUGAUGCUCGUACAGAUCGUACAGGGGAGGUGAUCUUUAAAGACACUUUCUCAUCCUCAAUAGCAGGGGUGGUGGAAGGUGAUUAUCGUAUGGAUGGAAAGACACAGCUGAUCUGUUGCUCCAUCGAUGGCGAAGUUCGUGGCUACCUUCCCUCUAGUCAGCAAGCUACAGGAAGUCUCAUGGAUACAAGUGUUGAGCAGGAAUUAGUUCGAGAACUAAGUCAAAAGAAGCAGAAUCUAUUGCUGGAACUGAAAAACUACCAAGAGAAUUCAAAGCAGGCCGAUUCACGGGUUCAAGUGAAUGAGCAUGAUGGUCAGAUGGGUGUUAUUCCGGCAAACACCCAGUUACAGACUGCUUUGUCUGUGAAUAUGGGCUCUGAAACACAGUCUGCACAUGUUGAACUGAGCAUCUCCACAUCGAAUGAUACAAUCAUCCGAGCUGUGCAGAUCUUUGCAGAAGGCAUAUUUGAAGGGGAAAGCCAUGUUGUCCAUCCCAGUUCCCAGCAACUAACAGGCCGGAUUCGCAUUCCCAUCUGUCCACCUAAGGAUGUGCCUGUGGAUAUGCACAUCAAAGCCUUUGUGGGAGACAGGAGCAGUAUACAGUUCCACGUCUUUGAACUGACACGUCAGCUGCCACGUUUCUCAAUGUACGUGCAAAGUAACACCGCUUCUGCACCGGAGCCUUCCAGCUUUGUGACUUUCACCAUUAGUGAACGUGUUCAGAGGGUUGUUCUUUGGAUCAAUCAAAACUUCCUGCUUCCCGAAGAGACCGAGACACAGAGCACUCCAUUCCAGAUCAGCUUUACAUCUCUACGAGAUGGAGGAACCCUCUUGAUCACCAUGAAAUCCAAUGGAGAGAUCACAGUAAGGACAGAUGACAUGGAUUUAGCUGGUGAAAUCAUCCAGUCUUUGGCUGCAUUCUUAGCCAUAGAGGACUUGCAGGUGGAAGCAAAUUUUCCAAAAUAUUUUGAGCAGCUCCGUAAGGUGCUGGGGCAGGUGGAUGAUUCUCACUCUGUGCACCAGAAGCUAACUGCAGACAUGGCGGAACAGUCCAACCUGAUCCGAAGCAUGUUGGUGCAGGCAGAGGAUGCUCGUCUGAUGAGAGACAUAAAGAAUAUGAAGAAACGGUACACAGAGCUCUAUGACCUCAACAGAGAUAUUAUAAAUUCCUACAAGAUCCGUUGCAACAAUCACAGUGAGCUGAUAAAUAAUCUAAAAUUUGUCAACCAGGCAAUCCAGCGUGCAGGACGGCUGCGGAUUGGAAAGCAUAAAGUCCAGGUGAUCACCGCUUGCCGAGACGCAAUUCGAAGCAACAACAUCAAUGCCUUGUUUAGAAUUAUGCGAGUCGGGGCCACCCCCUCCUAGCACCGUUUAUCCAUGGCUUGUGACAAACCAUGUGCUUUGGACACACAUGAACCAAAGGAUUGUGAGUUCUUCCUUCACAACUAAUCAGCCUCACCUUAGGAUUACUACGGGAUCUGGAUGUCUAAAUCCCCUGUCACCGUGUCUAGUCUUUUUAAUCAGAGGAGCUGAGUGAGCCUGUGUAGUUUAAAUAAUGUGAACAGUUUAACUCAUGUACUAUGGGUGUGUGUAUAGUUUGUGUUAUUUGGAACACUUUAAAACAAUAUUUGUGUUUGUUUUUUCAAUAUCUACUUUUUCACAUCCUGCCAGAGUAACUUUUUUUAAAUUUUGUCAAUAAAUUGUAGAUACAAUUUGCCUACAUAAGGAAGAAAGUUUAGACGUCAUAAAGAAAUACAUAUAGUAUAUAAUAUUUUUAAAAAAUACAAACCCCCCUCCCCCACAAAAGGACAGUGCAGAUUUUUAAUGGAGGAUAGAGGAUGCUUCCUGCAGUUACGUGAGCAUAAUAUCACCAAAAUAUUACCUUAAUGCAACAGACUUGAUGUGCGCUGAUUUUUAAGGUCCUAUGUGCAUAUCACUUACUUUCUACUUUGACUAAUGCAUUACUGUGCUGCUCUCGGGGGUAGAAAAAGGCAGUGACUCCUUGUGCUCUGGGCAGCUGGCAUCAUAGGAGUACCACCAGCAAACUCCCCUUACUGACACCUGGCAGUGAUGCAGCAAUGAGGGUUCUCCUAUGUUCUGCUGUUUUGAAAUGUUGGGAAAAUUGAAAAUAAUAUACAGCACUUGGAAGGUAACAAUAUUAAAGGAAAGGAAAGCUGAAAAAGCUGUACACAGUUAGCACAAUAUAUAGACAUAAAAAAAAGAGAUGUCGUUAAAGUAUGUCAUUAUUCUUUCAUGAAUGGUGCACUUUGAUAUUUAAUUAUUUAUUUGAUACUGCUGGUAUUUUUCAUUAAAAGAGCCUGUAUUUGACAAUA